AUGACCGCAAAUCACGCUCGACUCCUCAAACUACACGAUCGUCGCCGGCUCCUCCGUCUUCAUCGGAACUCUCCUUCCGCGAAAACCGGCGCGGAAGGCGGCGCGGUUAGGGCGGGAACAGGGGAUUGGACGAUCGGGGCAAACGCGGGAAACGGAUCGUUGGCGGAAGGGACGGUGACUGAAGUGGGAGGCGGGGCGUUUUACCAGCUAGGAGGCAAUAUGGAGAUGACUAUAGCGGGCCUCUAUUGGGCGGAGGUGCAGCUCGGGCAGCCCGUGCAAAAGUUUAAGGUGCAAAUUGACACGGGCAGCGACGUCAUGUGGGUCACCUGCGCGCCGUGCCUCGCCUGCCCAGUCUCCUCCACAGUGGUCCUUUCCCCCCCUUACGACAUUACCAAGUCGUCAACAGCUCAGGUGGUUGACUGUGGCACCUCCACCUGCUCCGCGCUGCAGCAGACCAGACGAACGCUCGGGCAGGGCUGCUUGGACAUCCUGUAUCCCAACUCGGGCGACCCGCGGUGCUACUACGGCAUCCAGUACGCCGACAACUCCAGCAGCACCGGCUACCUCGUUAGGGAUAGGCUCAGCUUUGCCACUCUCGGGGGUGACCCCGCCUCCAUGGACUACCUGUUCGGCUGCGGCUUCCAGCAGUCAGGCAACCUGGUAUCGGGCAACCACCUAGUGGACGGGGUGAUGGGGCUCAACAUGGGGGCGCUCUCCAUGCUCACUCAGAUGCAGGCGGCACGCAAGACCAACGGCGUCUUUGCGCACUGUUUGGGGGGCGAGGAGCUGGGCGGGGGGAGUCUCAUCUUUGGGACGGUGCUGGAAGAUGGGUUACUCUACACGAGUCUGCUGGAUGAUAGAUCGCACUACUAUGUGCAGCUGAACGGCAUCUCAGUGGGCGGGCAGCGCCUGCCAGGCAUCGACCAGUCGUCCUUCUCCUCACAGCAGGACGUGUUUGGCGGGUCGGGCAGCCUGCAGGGGGGAGGGGUGAUCAUGGACAGCGGCACCACCCUCGCCAUGUUCCCCACUCCCAUCUACAACACGUGGCUUAAUGCAGUUACCGCCCUCAUCACCCUACCCCAAGUGGGUGCCACGUCAGACUUCCUCUGCUAUGACUUUGGCUCCAACAAAUACGAGGAACUUUCCAAUUACUUUCCAACAGUGACCCUGCAUUUUGAAGGGGCUGACAUGACCGUUGAACCCCCCGGCUAUGUUUUCCUGCACUCCAAUGGGGUGGUCAUGGCUGCGUGCAUAGGAUGGCAACCCAUGCUUGGAGGAGAUUUUUCUAGCAUCACUGUCAUUGGAGACAUAGUCCUGCGCAACCACCUUGUGGUCUAUGACACAGACAACAUGAAGCUCGGAUGGGCUCCCUACGACUGUUCCGUGGGCACAAUCACAGCUGAUGGCGGGGAAUACAACGUCACAAUCAUUGUGGGAGCCAAUCUCUCUCCGCCUCCACCCGUCAAGUCCUCUGCCUCCGCCGCUCAGGGUCCCACGUUCAUGCUCUCGGAGCGCGCCCCGCGGGUAGCGCGCCCCGCAGGCAGCGCGCCGCGCGGGUAG